CCUGUAGCCUCAAAGCAAUCUGCAAACAUGGCUGCAAAGUAAGUGCCACGGCGAAGGUUUACCAAAGUGUCGUGAAACUCAUGUAAGAAUCCAGUAGCAGGUAUCGCGUUGUGGGCAUAGUGUUUUGCGAGGGUAGCCAAGAUGGGCGGGGGAAAGUUGGUGCUGUUGAAGGAGGUAAGCUGCAGCUGCCUACUUGAAUGUUAACCAAGGUGGAAGUAUAGCAGAAUUUUAAAAAUGCUGCUCCGCCGUAAAAUUCCUUCGGGGAGCGGUGCAAGAGGACAGGCUAGUGCAAAUGGCGACACAACGCAAGAGAAGUCGGAGAGUGAACUAGAAGACUGUCAACGUCUCUGCACUUCUGGGAUAUCAUCAAAGCCCAAGAUGAAGACAAACUUUUUCAAAUCGCUGCGCGAACACUGGCGAAAGCGAAAAACGAAGCUUGCUGUGCAGAAUAGUGCUGAAGUAUGCUCAGGACCACCAGAGCCAAACAGUCGAAAAAGAGACGUGACCGUGUACUGCGCAAGAUCGUCGUUAACUGCACCCGACUUGCAUGAAGAUUCACCCAAUGACGCCAAUGACAAUUAUGUUCGUGCCGGAGUUCGUUCGGAUGGUGAAAGCGCGUGCAAUGAUGCUGAUGGCGAGACUGAAUCACCGCGUCACGAUCUGCCCUCAUCUUCGUCGUUCGCAGCCCCUUCUGUACCUGACAGACAGGCAGGAUCUGUCAGGGGUGUCGCAGAACAUUUCACGCACAGCCAACCGAAUUUCGAGCAGCGUGGAACAUCAUGCAAUAUUGAGGAAGUAUUAGGGAGACAGCUUCCAGCAACAAAUAAUCGAUGCUUGUCUCAACCGGUCACUGUGCAUGGCCACAGCUACACGAGUACAGCAUGCGAAGAUGAUUGGAAAAGGACUGGCGCGCACGACGACACCACGCAGUCGGCAGGUGUUGCUGGAGGCACAGACAGAUUACGCAGCGAAGCCUCCGUAAUUUCGUCUGCUGCGGAAGGACCGCAGGUUCCUCCUCGGCAGACCCUGUGCGACGGUACGCCAUCAGUGUUUGUCCCCGUGUUCCCGGAAACGGAUGGUCGAGAAGACUCAAGGAUCAGUAGUCUAAGUGAGGAAUUGUUCAAGUUAUCUAAGCACGGUUGGUACUGGGGGCCGAUUACGCGGGGCGAAGCCGAAGAGAAGCUGGCUGACCAGCCUGACGGUGCUUUCCUUGUACGAGACAGCUCUGACGACAGAUACUUGCUGAGUCUUACGUUUAAGUCGUAUGGCAAAACGUUGCAUACGAGAAUUGAGCACUGCAAUGGUCUAUUCAGCUUCUAUGCUCAGUCUGGACCUGAGGGUCGUGCCUGCAUUGUUGAUCUUAUCCAAGAAUCUAUGAACUAUUCUCAGUCAGGUGUGUUUUGCUAUUCACGGGGUCGAAGCCCUGGUGUUCCCUCUUUCCCAGUGCGGCUCAUCAAACCUGUGUCACGACUUACUCAUGUUCGGUCUUUACAAUACCUUUGUCGCUUUGUGAUCCGGCAGUACACACGCUUUGACCACAUCCAAAGACUUCCACUACCAUCUCGAAUUAAGGGCUACCUUGAAGAGGGGCACUACUGAAAGCUACAAGUUCAGUCUACAGGCCCAGAAGCUCCAGGAGUAUAGUAUGGCUUGUUUGCCACCGGUACUGUUAUGCAGUAAUAGAGGCUCGUAUACGGCAUGAGCCUAGAACACCAUGUCACGAAAUAAUGAUUUAGGUCAAGGUAGUCAUGUUGUAAAGGCCUGCAGAUGGUGUGAAAGCUCAUAAACAGUUUUGUGCAUCAGCAUGCAGCCACUUACAGUUCACUGCCUAGAGUGGUGUUUGUUACUCUAGAUAUUUUGUUUACAAAGUGCAAGGGAAGUGCCCAGAGUGAAAGUUUUUUAUAUUGUGCUCAACAUAUUUUCUUAAGCCACAAGGUUGAGCACAGCUAGACAUCACAUCAGCAACACUCUUUGGAGGAUGCAUAUGCCCUAGCUAUUGUGUGUGUAAAUUAUCUUGCAUAUGCACAUUUUAUCAGUUAAGAUGCCACUGAUUCUGUCCUCAAAGGAUGUCUUACAGGUUCUUUGAAUGGACAUGUGCCCAAAAGCACAAAUCAAUGUACAGACAAUUUUUUUACUGGGAAAAUUGUUGCAAACAAUUCAGGCUCUUGAUAAUGUAAACAUAACCUUAUUUUUUUAGUGGAAUCUAUACAUUUGUGCUUUUGGUAAAUGUGCAUGUUCACAUUUGUUUACGAGAAGUUUUUUCCCCCUCUUAUGUACAUCUUUGCCUUAGGGCAUGAAAGCAUGUCCUUUCUGAACAGCCGUAUGCAAGUUUACAAGGCCAUGUGCUGUUCCUAGUGUUUUUGAGCAGGCAGAACUUGCAGGAGUUGGGGAAUAUUAAGAAUACUGGAAGUAAGCGUUGCCACAGAAUAUAAUGCCAUAAAUAACAUCAUGUCUUAGCAACUUGUAUGGUAUUAUGCACUAUGGCAGUGUGGGGAAACUUGUGUAAUAUUUAAUGCCCUUAUUCAAGGGUGUCACUUGUUAGGAAACAGAUUUUGUACAACUGUGUGAUCUUCCCUUUUACUUUUUACUUUUCUUCACUGCAUUGCCAUUGUUAGCAACUUGUUCAUGUGUCAAAACAUUGCUUGUCUCUUUGAAGCUGCAUUAUGUCAUUACAAAACAGGUCUUAUAAAACUGUCAUAACUUUCCUCAAGGUUUUCUCUACUUAGUGCACACAUCUGUUGUCACUGUGCCAUAAACACAUUUGUCCUGGGGUGUAUUGUAUGAAUAUGGUUUUGGGGCUAGGCCUGAAUUAGCAAUAUUGCUGCUAAUGUUUAAGUGUUCAACAAGAAUAUAUUUAUCUUUACAUGUACAUAUACAAGCCUCUUAACUCUCGCCUUUAAAUUUUAAGACCAGAGUAUUGUACGAGCGAAAUUUAUGUUCUUCAACUAAGUUUACUAAGUGUGGUGCUAAGAGAGAAACAGUGCUUUGUGUUUAUGGCUAUCAGUGAUCGGCAGUCACAAAAGAAGAAGAAGAAAAAAAAAACAGAAGAAAAAAAUGUGUGGCCCUUUGAUACUUACAUUAAACAUUAAAAUGCAUAAAGAUUGUCAUUGCAAUUUGUAUUUUCAGACACUGUCUAAAGCAAAUGCUACACUUUCGACGCUACCUAGUUUUUCAGUUUAUUUGCCUGCAACCUAACUUUUAUGGUGUAUCUGUUCUGUAUCUGCUGAACUUGGAAACUUUAAUGGCAGGAUACACCCGCUAUGGUGUAUGCACUUGUAUGCGAAAUGUUUGGUUCCUUUAAUUGGUUGUUGUAUUGUGUUAGCUCAUUUGAAUGGAAACAUAGCUCCAAUUGCUGUCAGUGGCAUCUUUUUUGUAGACAUUUGGACCUUGUGCAAGCGCAUCCAAGUGUGCCCCAUCAGUAGCAGCAAUGCACCUAAGCUAAAGACAUCCCUGGGUGGAGCAGUAACAAGUAAAGAUGUCUUUCUAGGAGAAUUUAACGCUAUGGUAGUAGUUACAACAUUGAUCAAGUGAGUGUUGUCUAACCACUGAAUUAACUAGCCACUCAGAGGCUUAGCAGCUGAUCAAGAAAGUGGUAACGAAUCUAAAGAGCAUACAGUGAGGCGUUGGGAAGGAAAAUGAUGAGGGUAACCUUAAGAUAUAAAGACAACAGUAUGGAUUGGAAAUCAAAUGGGGGUUGAUGAUAUGCUAGUCGAGAUUAAGAGGAAGCUUUAGCUCGGGUGCUCCUAAAUAAAUACAUGUAAAAGGAGAAUUCAUUUUUCUCGGCAACCACUGCACCAAAUUUGACGAGGUUUAUUUUGUUUAAAAGAAAAACUUAAAAUCUACUGACUGUUUGUUUCAAAUUUUUGAUUUAGGUCCUCAAUGUUUUCUUAAACAUUGGCAAAAAUCGGAAAUUUUCAAAAAACGAAACUAUGAAGUUUACAACUCUGUAACUCAGAAACGAAAAACGAUAAUACAAUUCUGUGAAUUGCAUCUAAUAGUACAUCUAAAGCAGACAAAAUUAAUAUGCUAUGCAUGAAUCUCAAAAAAUUUAGUAAUAUUCAACUACAGCUUUUGCAGAACCUUUGUAAACAAUGUAACAAAUUCACAUAAGAUAUAAAAUAACAUAUCAAAUUUGUCCGCUUUCAAUGGUCUAAUGGAUGCCUUUUACGGAACUGCGAUAUCUGUUUUUGAUGCAGAGAGAUGAAUUUGUAACCUUUGUUCUUCUAUUUUUUUUCGAACUUUCGCAUUUUUCAAAAUUCUUUUAACAAAAUUCAGGACAUCAAUCGAAAUUCAGCUUCCAGUAGUCACUAGAAUUUAACUUUCUCUCUCAAUUGCAACAAAUUUAAUUAAUAUUGGUCCUGGGGUUAUCUCAGAAAAACGUUUUUGCGUUUUACAUGUAUUUGAAUAGGCCGCGCCGGAGUUGGGCCCGAGCUAAAGCUUUCUCUUAAGAGCAAGAACUGGAGUUGGAUAGGUAAUGUAAUGCAUCGAGCAGGUUGUCUCUUAGGGCAACAGAAUGGGUGAUUAGGGAAAGGGAAUACAGUUGAACAUAGCAGAGAAGCGAUAUCCUCAAUGGGGUGCUGAACUUAACAAAUUUGUCGAUAUAUGGUGGAUUUUCAUUCCCACAUGGCAGGGGUAAUUGGAAGUGGCUGGGAGCGGCCUUCAUCCUGAAAGUUGCCACGAGAUGGAUUUGUGUUACUUGAAAUAAACCAAACGCCAAUCCCAAAACUUAGUGCUUAGUUGAAGGCACUAAGUGCAUAUUUUCCUAGCUUUUUACCCUUGAGAAAGCCGAGAAUAAGUCAAAGGAACAAUUGUACUGUUUAAGAGGCCAGUGGGUUCCUGAUGGCACUUUUCGUGGAACUCUGUGCCUCAUGCAUACUGUGCUAGUGUUUUGCCAUAGGCCAUCAAUGUGGUUGAAACACAUGCCAUCCAAGCAAAUCCAAGCAAAUAUAGUUUAAUGAUGCUGGGAAAUCGUGUUCUUAGUGAAUUUUAUAUAGAGCAAGUACUCUUUUAUAACGAAAGCAACAGUUUUUCAUCCACUUGCAACCAAAGGUGUCUUGCUGUGUACAUUUGUGCUUCUCUCUGCUGCUUAAUCACUUCCUAAGUGUGAUAUCUCAUCCAGUGCACAUUAUGAUCUUAUCAUCCAGAGAUAGGAUUUCGCACCGUACAUUUAACCACCCAACAUGUUGAUAUAGCAUUAACCUCAGCACCUCCUUUAUAAUUUGGCCUUGCCUAAUGUGAUAAAUUAUUUUUGCAAAUGAUAAAUUUCGUAAUGCAUACAUGCUUUGUGCUUUUUCAUUUCAUGUGGUAAAGAACUUCACAUUUGCCAUAUGAGACAAGCAUUACAUUAGAAUGACUAUUUGCCUGAUUAAGCUAAUUUUUGAAGUAGCUGCAAUGUAAGUCUUUGUAUGGGCUAGUUGUUCGGGCUGGAUGCUUCAUUUGUAAAGCUUUGGUUAAUUUAUAGCUUCAGACACAAACAUUACGUGGCUCACUUUUUUUUUUUUGCUUCUUUAGAUAGCUGCUGAGUCACCAAUCAUGAUAAGGCCUCAGUUCUUUGAAAUGCAACAAACCAUUAGAUAUAUGUUAUAAUGUGACCAGUUCGAAACACGCAAGCAGAGCAUGGCUUCAUGGUGUAGGGUGUUGAGCAGAACUUUUUGAUACAUCGUGUAAAUCAGAAGUGUUGGUUUUGUGAUAUUGCAAACUGCUGAUGUACGUGUCAGUCAGCGUAGUGCAGUUGUUGCAGGCCAUGCUGUGACUGUGUUGCUGAAAGCUGGGCAAGCACCACCACAUUAGGCAUUCUUUUCUCUGUCACAGUGCACUUCUCCGCAUUUGACAAUGAAUGAGCCUGGUCAUCUAUUGUUGCUUCUUGCGGAACAUGGAACACGCCUCUUAAAUUCUCUCCCCAUAUCGCAUUGAAUGCCCGACAGUGAAUGUGUCAUGGUGUGGCUGCAUGGCCUGCAACCACAGCACUCGACUGACAGACUUCCACAACAGUGGUUUACGACAUCACAUGAUCAUCACCUCCAGUUUUCAUGAUGUAAUGAGGAAGGAAGCCUGUUCGGGACACUGGAAGCUGCGCUCCAUUACGGGUGCAUUUUGAAUUGGUUGCUUUAACACUUUAACCCACAAAAUAAUUCUGGAAAAACAUAUCAAAUUUCUAUUGUUUUUUUAUGUAGCCACGAAUUUUUUCUGCGUCAUUCUGAUUCUGAAAAUAUAUUACUUGAUUCUUGAUUACAUGUUUUUCCAGACUUCUACUAACCUCCAUUGUUGAAAAUUGAACCUAGCGGCAAUUGCCAACGGUAACUCGUUUUUGGCAAUGGGAGCAGCACAUCGGGUUGAACGAGUGUGACUCGUCAUUGGCAAUAUUGGUACAACCUCCCAUGACGAGUACAGGUCGGCAUUGGGGGCUAAAGGGUUAAAGGAUUAUACAAUUAGUGAACUAUUGAAGGCAACUAUACAAGAAAGCAAAGCAAGCGAAAAGUUUUGUGUAAUACUACCUCAAUUGGCACUAAAUUUAGUACAAUAUGCCGAGUCUCCGCAAAGAAAAAAAUCUCACCAGACAUGCUGUGUCGUGCACUAAUAUUUAUCCUGGUUAAGCCAAAAUCAUAAUGCAUAUUUAAUUCUCAUCACCAUGCAUUAAGGCAUCAGGUAUGAUUGACUGAUUUAUUGAUUCACGGAGUUUAAAGUACCAAAGAAACACUGGCUAUAAAGGAGGCCAUUGCGGAGGGCUUCAAAUUAAUUUUGACCUCCUGGGGUUUUGAAGUCUUCAAACUCUGUAAAAUCCAUGCAACAUGCACCCUUUUAAAGGCUGUUUAAUCCAUAGAGCAUUCAGCAUCUUCCCAGAUAUUCUGCAUUAUGUGCAAGUGAAAAUCAAUACCACCAGUCCCGUGUUCCGAACUGCAAGACAUGACUUAAAGCACAACACUGUAGAAUAGCUGUUUUGACAAUUUCUCUAAUUUAAAGUGUGGUUGUGUUGCAAAUUAGUUAAAGAUCGAACUGUUACUGCACAAAUGGCGUAAAAGUUCUGGCCUGUGGACAUUGUUGCAAAAAACUGGUUGCAAUGUAGCAACUUCUCAACGUAUGCUCUAUUGAACAUUCUGUGAUGUUGCAUGUAUGAACAAACAUUUAUUUUGCAGGGUUACCACCAUCAAACACUAAAAAAUUUCACGGCCUGAGAAUUUCACUGCACUAUGUUGGGUCUUGCAUUAUGUUAUCCCAUGUUUAGCAAAGGCGACUGUAUCGCCAUGCUGCACAUAAACAGGAGUGUGGAAACGCUGAUCACAUGUUAACGGUCCUGAACUAUUUAGUGUGCAAUCUUGUCUGCUGCAUUGUGAUAACAACAAUAGUCAGUGUUUGAACUGUGUAUAUGAUGUGUAUUUUCAAAUGUUGAAGUGACAAAUAGCAUCUCGCAAAUGUAUAUCUACAGAUUCUUGUUGCUGUUACACAUUACUUGGCCUGAACUUUUUGUGUCAAGAUAGAAGAGCAAACUUGAUUUUUCUUCAUGGAUGCAUGAAACUUAUCACUAGAUGUGAAUGUUUGAUACACGUGUCCAUAGUAUAGUACAACAUGAAACUGUUUCUCAUUACAAGUGGGCUCAUUUUGAAUUGGCCACAUUGUUUAACAAUGCAUUGUUACUGUGCUGAGUUAACUAUCAGACGCCGCUAAAGCAUUGCCUUAUAAAUGGUUAUGGCCUUUGGAACUGUCAGUGCAGUGAAUUUCACUUUUCUCUUGUUAGGUAAUCAUAGGUAUUGUCUCACUGACAUUGCAGCUGUGAACGGCUGGUCUUUUGUAGUGUUUUUGUUGCAAUACUAGGAACAUUAAGGUUACUGCAAUAAAGGUUUGGGGUACAAGGUAAA